AUGGCCCAUCAGGCACACUCCCUUCCAUGGCAUACGCUAGCGGCCAACUUUGAACAGAGACGAGUGGGCAAGUGCAAGUAUCUUCUGGCGCCACUGAAUAAGCCGCGCCAGGGAAAGCAGAUCACACAUUUCACUGUUGCAUUCGCCCGUGCGUUGACCGAGUUCUCCGCCACGGAACGCUGCAAGUACUCGCCAGCCAUCAACGUGCGGACGAGCAUCGAAGACGACGAUGACAUUGUGAGCGAGACAGCUAUCCAGCGUCUAAAUGAUCUCUUCUAUCAAGUUAGAGAUGAGACACGAAAGGCUAAGAAUUGCAAUGUCGGGCCUGAUAAGCCCCCCUUUCCGCUACCACAACUUUCGACCCGGAGCUAUUCCACGGACUGGGCUGGAAACGUCAUCCGAACCGAAGAAGAAAUCGCUGCCUACGACGAAGAACUGCAGAAAAAACGAAACGCCCCGCGCUCUGCUCGGUGCUGGAAAAAUGUCGACUGGUGGCGUGGUCACGCGGAGACGACCGACGUGUUGACGAUGUGGCUUAUCUUGGGUGAAAUGGAGACCUUGUUUAAGAUCGCCCGAUACGCUCCGGAGACGGUAAAGAGAAUGUGGUCCUGGAAUGACCAUUAUGACCAUUGCGGACUAAAGCAGCUGAUGGAACGAACGGUGGACUUCUAUAUUGGAAUGAACGUGCUCUACUGCAAGCCAGAAUGGUACGCAGAGGGUGAGAAUGCGUGGCAGUCGUAUUUCGAUGAGAAGAUGGUGCGAACAGAUCGAUAUGAAAGGGAACUUGAAAGAUACCGAACUGGCUGGCCCUUUGGUAAUCCUAGCGCGCCCCUGACGACCGCAGAAUUGCCUCCCGCCGAAUGGGUGCCGAUAAAAUUUAUCCGACGGAAAGACUACCGUUCCACGCCUAUUUACAAGUCAAUGCUAUCGGAGGGAAAGAAUUGUCAUGCCCUUGGACCUUACCGCCCCUUGAAGCCAGGAUAUGCUUGGUCUAUUCCGCACUGGCAAUUCUUUGGCUACAGCGCAAUUAUCGGCCUCGGGGGCUGGCCGACUGCUACUCAGAGCCCUCCCGCGGAUCCUUUGAAAAAUGGUGGUGGGCAGGGUUUGAGAAACUAUCUAAAGAUUUGCUGGGAGAUCCUCGUGCGACUGGACAAUUUCAUGAGGGAAUUGGACGUGCGUAUUGACUGGCAGCAAGUAGCAUCGGACUCUAUUGCAGAUUGGUAUCGGUUUGAACCUAUUGGUCGAGACAAGUGGUGUAUAGGAGCGUGGCGUCUGGGCUUGGCCGGAGACUUGGACAUGACUAGGUGUGGAUUCACGGUCGAACGUUUUGUCUAG